AUGCGACACGUGACUCAGCGCUGGAUCAGUUCGCUGUUGCGGGGCAUGAAAGGGACCGUUGGCAAAAAAACAAAUCGUAAUAGGAAGUUAAAGUUGAGCACUAAGCCAUAUAGGCUGCAGCCUAAACUGCAGCUUGUGGGUGGCCGGCUCCUGGGUCUAGGGCUGUCACAGGCGGUGGACCCUGCCGGCCUCCGCAGGCGGGGAGGCCAGUCAGGAGGGAGGGGGCGGGGGCUGCGGCCUCUGGCUCCUCCCCGGGGCGGGCCAGCGGGGGCGGGAGGCGGAGCCGCUGAGCAGCGCCCGGAGCCCCAGCGCGGGGAGAACGACGGGCUCGCACUGUUCCCGCCGCCGCCGGCUGGACGGGCUUCAACGGCGGUCCACCCCGGUCGGUCUAACCUUCCCCGGGUCCCGUGGUGCCAGGCUGGGCUACGGAGGCAGAGCACCACCCCGCCCGUUCUCCGCAGGCGGCCCGGGACCGGCAGUGGUGCCAGGGAGAUGUCCGGUGGCCGGAGGAGGGGCGGCGCCCCCUGGCACAGCUUCUCCCGGUUCUUUGCUGCCCGGAGCCCUUCCCGGGACAAGGAAGAGGAAGAGGAGGAGAGGCAGGGGACGAGCCAGCCGCAGGCUGCUGCGGGCCGGGGCGCUACCAGUGUUGAAAAUGAGCCCAUGAGUACAAGUCAGAAAAAGGAAAAUGUACUUUCAUCAGAAGCAGUAAAGAUUCCCCAAAGUGAGCACAGAAGGAACCAUGCCGAGAAGCUGACUGCUCUGCCGAUGCAAGAAGAUGCCAAAAAGCCAAACGACCUUUCCAGUUCCACCUCAGAUAGCAAGACAGGAGAAAGCGACCGGCAGCCAAAAGAAAGCUUCUUCCAGUUUCUUGGUAACUUAUUCAGUAUCUCUGGCAAGUCAUCCCUGGGCGAGGCCAAGCAAUCCUCUUUAAAAGAGGACCAUGACAGAACUGAGGAAAGUUUGCCAAGUGCUGGGGACCGCCAUGAGGAAGGGAUGGAGGAGGAGGGGGCAACCACCAGCAGCUCCCCGGGAACGCAGGCACUUGCCACAGAUGGACAGGACUCCACCACUGAACUCUCGGACGCCUUUUCUUUGGACACAACGCAAGACAGCGAUCAGGAAACCAGUGAUUUCAUAAAGUGA